AUGUUGAAUAAAGUUUUUCUUAUUGUACUUUGUGCUGUGUCGACAAUUCUCUGUGAACAGGAACCAGUCCGACGAUGUGCUCGUGCAGCUAGUUCUUGCAUUCUUGCUCCUGAAUCUACUGAAGGACCGUACUAUUGGAAUUCAACCAUUCGACGUGAUAUAACUGAAGGCAAAGGUGGUAUUCGAUUUCGUCUGGCCAUUACGGUUUUGGAUACAACGACUUGUAAACCAUUGAGUAAAGCGCUUGUUGACCUUUGGCAUUGUGAUGCAGAAGGUAUGUAUUCACAUUUCAUUGCUGCCAGUCUGGGUCAGUUCGGUGGUGCAUCCGACAAUUCCACGUUCUUCCGAGGACAACAAGUCACUGACAAUCAAGGUGUUGCCUAUUUUGAUACUAUUUAUCCCGGUUGGUAUCGCGGUCGUGCUACUCAUAUGCACGUCAAAGUACACGUUGGUAGUGCUUUGACAACCGUUGGUGGAGCAGUCUAUGCUAAAGGUGGACAUGUUUCGUUCACCGGUCAAAUAUAUUUUGAUGAUACUCUGACGGAUCAGGUUGCUAAACUUUCACCUUAUACAUCCCAUACAAUACGUCGAACGCGAAAUGAUGAAGACGGAAUUUUCCGUGGUGCAAAGGGAUCAACAACGAUUGUACCUGUUCAAUUUGUAAGUUCGAAUAAUUUCGGUGGUGGAGUCAAAGGUGCUAUUACACUUGGUAUCAAUCCUAGUGCUGUAUCAACUGAAUCAGGAAGACCAGGCGGCCCGGGUGGACCAGGUGGUCCACGACCACCGCGUCCAACAGCCUCUUCAAUUCACGUCACAUUACUUACAUAUGAUACGAAACAGAAGAUGUUCAAUCGAAUAAGAUCGACAGCAUUUUUUCGUGACGGUCAACGUCACUCGAGACCCGUUCGUCACUUCUUCCGCAAAUUUAUGAACGAUUGGUCGCUGGACUUUGCUGGAAUGUUAGCUUACAACCUCAUGAUUGCACUUCUUCCCAUCGCUGUUGCUCUAUUUGGUAUCUUAGGCUUGGUUUUGAAAAAUUAUCCUGAUGCUCAACAGGAUGUUAAAAAUAAAAUUAUCAAUUCUUUUACCACAGAUAAUACAACACGAGCUGGAAUUGAACAAGUUGUCGAUCUUGCUUUUAAUCAAUUAUCUAAUGAUGCUGGUUUGAUCUUAGCUAUUGGUAUUAUUUUUGCAUUAUUUGGAUCUUCCCGAUUAUUUGUCACUAUUGAUCAAUGUAUGACGAUUAUCUAUCGUUUACCUGAACGCGCGUUACUCCGACAGAAUCUUCUAGCGUUUGGAAUGCUAUUUCUUUUUAUUACGAUUAUUCCUAUUAUGUUGAUCAUUAGUUCAGCUCCGUCGGCUUUGCUAAAAAUUAUUCCAGGUGGAGGUGGUCGAUUUGGAACAUUUCUAGGUGGAAUGAUAUUUUCAUCACUAGCUGCAUUCAUUUUUUUCGAAGCUAUUUAUUGGCUUGUACCAAACAAGAAGAUGUCAUUUAAAAUUACUUGGUGUGGAGCAUUAGUUGCUGCUUGUGCACUGGAAAUAUUCAUUAUACUAUUUCCAUUAUAUGUAACACAAUUCAUGGAUAACUAUGCUGGACAAAUUGGUUUUGCAGUGAUUCUUCUUCUUUUCUUCUAUUACUUCGCAACAAUUCUCAUCUUAGGUGCUCAAGUCAAUGCUUACUUCUUCGAACAUUACCAACCGUUAUCUUCAGGCUUAGGAACGUACAUCAGCCAAAUGCACGAUGAACAUGGUGUUGGUGAUCCACAUCGACCACUCUGUGAAACCGAAAGCGAUAUUCAACAACAACCAUUUCCGCCGACGACAUCAACGACUGAAAAUCAAUCAGAACGAAGCAAUGUUUGGCUAAAUAAACUUUGGCCAUCGAGAAUUGCCGUGUCAACAGGAUCCGAAAUUGGCAGAAAUGAUAAUGCAUGA